AUGACGUUCCCCACUGUCUGUGUGUCUCCGGGUGUACCUAGGCAUGCUGAUAGGGUCACAUUUUGCCUAUACGGGUUCAAGCAGUCACCCUGUUCCACAUAUAACCUCAAAAUCGGUGGUAGAGGUAAGAAUAUUAGAAAAUACUCCGUGAAAGACUGGUCCAUGGCCCACAAAGACAAAUUCGACUAUGGUUAUUGGUGGUUUGGCACAUGGAGACAUCUAUCAAUUUGCAAUGAAGAACGACAUGGGAUCACCGAGCUGCAAGUUUCCUAG